AUGAUGCACAAUGGAUAUGUUUCAUCACACACAACACUCCGUCAAUUUUCCCUCCAGGACUAUUCUUCAACCUUGUAUGCAUCGGAAUUGGAACAACACGAGCAAGUAGUUGAUGAAUACCGAGAUGAGAUAUACGAGGCAUUGGCUAAUUCCUGUAAGACAAACACACCAAACAUUGAAGCAUUCCAACAACAACCCUAUUUAACCUUCUCAAUUAGACUCAAGCUACUUGAUUUUCUAUUUAAAAUGUCUGUUAGAUUGAAAGCUUUACCGUUUGUAUUUUAUAGAGCAGUAAAAAUCUUUGACAGAUAUUGUUGCAAGAGAAUCAUCUUGCUUGACAAAGCCCAAUUGAUUAUUUCUACAUGUUUUUGGAUAGCGGCAAAGUUCGGGGGAGGCAAUAGCCACUUCAUGAAUUUAAACAACGUUGAAAAGUUGGUGUCGGUAAAGACUAUUAACGACUUGGGUUACGGUGCUGGUGGUAAAUUCAAAGGCCCGACAGAAAGGUAUCGGAUGCCUAAACUCAACGAAUUCAUCAAAUUGUGUGGCACCAAGUGUAACUAUACAGUUAAACAGUUCAAGCAAAUGGAAUUGCAUAUUUUACGAACCUUAAACUGGUCUUUCAAUGACCCAUCCAUUGAAGAGUUUAUUGUCAAAUCUCAGGAAUUCAGCAUUUUGAAACAAAACGAAUUGUUUCAAGUUAAACGGCUCAUUUCAUAUGUUUCUGUCUAUUCAUUUGCCCUCAUGAAUGUCAGUGUCCUUGAUUUGUGCAGAGUGAUCACCGACUUGGUCAAUGAAAUCCUAAACAUCCGAGAGACAUGCUAUUACCAUGACAAACUCUGCAAUUCGAUCACAAGAAAAGACUACCUAUUUAUCAAACAGCAUCUUAUCAAAGCUAUUGUAAAUGCAUCCGACCCGAUAUUGAGCCACUUCAACUCCAGAGGUCCCCAUUAUUUCCACCAUACUGUCAUUAACAUUUACACCAACUCAUUUGGAUCCACCCUCGACCCGGCUAUCAACUUGACCCUACUCCCUAAGGAGUUAUUUCCCGUCUUCAAAAAGAAUACUCCUGUAUUUUCAAAUGCAUUUAUUUCUGCAUCAUCAACCACUUUAUCUACAGCAUCAACCAUUCUUCCGAUCUCAUCACCCACUUCUACCAACACCAUUUCCACGUCAUAUUCGUAUCCAUCUCCAGGACGCUAUACCACCAACUGUGACAUUAAGCCUUCUUCGCCAGAGUCGUUGAAUGACAACGGAGCAAUCAAGUACUCCGAGUUCGUAUAA